AUGCUCACUUCGCACUCAUGCUCACUUCGCACUCACAUCUCACCACACCUGCAUUACCAAUUUCACUCGCACCUCUUGCUGCUGAAGUACAACUCAUUCCGCCACGUCACCCCCUCCUUCUCCUCCCCUUCCCCUUCCCCGCUGCCAGGUGAGCGCAAGGCGAGGGGAGGGCAGCAGGCGAGGGGGAGGCGAGGGGGGCGCCAAGGGCGGGCAGCAGGAGGGCGGGCAGCAGGGCAACAGCGCUGGUCGAGGUCGAGGUUGCAGUAUCGCCCCGCCACCACACCCCACAUGAGCUCGCUCCCCCUCAGGCCUGCACAAGCCAAGGGGAGAGCAGCAGGCGAGCAGCAAGCAACGGGAGGGCCAAGGCGGCAGCUGGAGGGAGGGCAGAGCCUCAUCAACGGUCGAGGUUGCAGUAUCGCCCUGCCACCACACUCCACAUGA